AUGGCCGAUUAUACCACGCUGACCACCAGCGCUGAACUCCCGCGAAUUCCCUCAAUCUCUGCAUCGCAGGCACUUCGCGCUGCUCCAUCCUCAGCGCCUUCAUCGUUGUCUACUUCCGCCGUGCCAACAGGCUUGGAGCGGCUGGAUGAUGCGAUAGCGUCGCUGGGCGAGGGCGUAGAUCGCGGGUUGCCGCGAGGUCAUGUUACUGAAAUCUACGGGCCGCCGGGGGUGGGUAAGACGGCGUUGAUGAUGAGUGCUGCUGUCGAGGCGUUGAAGGAUGGUCAGCGUGUUGUCUGGAUAGACACCGGCUCGCCAAUUCCAACCCCUCGCUUGAAGGCCUUGCUGACAGCGAGCGUCACGACGUCGAACAAAUCCGACCCCAAAGAAGUGGAAGCCAUAUACGAGAAGAUGGAAACCCUCUUCUCGCACUUCCGCACCCCAUCUCUGCCCCAUCUUCUCGCUCUCCUGGUCCGCCCUCCCCCAUCUUUCCCUCCCAACGGAACCACCCUCCUAAUCAUCGACUCCAUCUCUGCCCCCUUCCAACCCUACUUUCCCCAUGCAUCGGAACUCAAAGCCCGGCUCGCAGGCCAGUCUUCUAUCCCUCAACAGACGCAGUGGCUUUUGCACCGUAAGUGGAAUGUGACCAGCGAUCUGGCGAAUCAUCUGGUCAAACUCGCUGCGGCGCGGAGAAUCGCUGUCGUCGUGUUGAAUCAGACGCAUACGAGGAUCAAGGGCCAGCCUAGACCGACGCUUUUUCCGGCGUUGGCGGGAGGGUCGUGGGAGAGUUGUGUUUAUGCGAGGGUUGUGGUGUAUAGAGACUUGGCGCCGCUAGGUCUUGAUGAUGGUGAUCAGAAACAGGAGGGGGGGUUGAGAAGAGUGCGAUACGCGGAGGUGAUGAAGCGUGGUGGCAGGGUGAUUUCUGUUCGAACGGAUGAGAAUAUUGUCGCGUUUGUGAUUGAGAAUGACGGACUGCGGGAAUUAUCUGCUCAUCCUCUAUCAAGCACCAGUAAAACGAGUCUCCCGCCACCGUCAUCCAUUCCAUUACCUAUCUCGGUUCGGAAGCGGAAAGCUGAGGAGGUUGCGGAUAGCGAAGGGGAAGAGGACUUUCUAGAUGAGGACGGGGAUGAACUUAAUGAUUUUGGACUGGAAGAUAAUUGA